UUGGAGGAUGACUCAGGGUGUGAUAGUCAUGAAGGCCAAGUUACCCCUAUUCAAAAUCGAGCCAGGGGUGGGAAGAAGAGGGCGUGUCCUUAUUCACCAAGUCCAAAGAUGAAUGACAAGUGGGCAAGUGAGAAUGCUAAAAAUGAGGCUUUUGUACACAUGGUGGACAUCUUUGGUGCAAGAGACAAGAGGGAUGCAGAGGAGAUUGCAAGGGAGAAGAGGGAUGCAGAGGAGAGGGCAAGGGAGAAGAGGGAUGAAGAGGGAAGGGCAAGGGAGAGGAGGGAUGCAGAGAAGAGGGAUGUAGAGGAGAGUGUGGAUCCAACAAGACAAGAGAUUAAACAAAUGAUGGCCAUGGUGGAAGCGGAUGGUGCAAAACCAGGAAGUGAUGAGCAUUUCUAUGCUACAUUUCUUUUCAUGGAAAAGAAAUAUCGUGAUGUUUUCUCCACUUUCAUGGCUCAUGAAUCUCUUGCAAGGCUUGGAUGGAUAAAGAGGAUGUGGGAGCUCAAUAGUAAGUAGAACAACUAUGUUUUAAUUGCUUUCUACCAGACUAUUUACUUGUAAUGUUGUGAGCUAAGCUACUUGCUUUGGAGGUGUACUUUUGUGAACUAAGCUAUUUGCUUUGGAGAUGUACUGUUAUCUGAACUGUGUUGUAUCUAAUAUUACAC